CUGGGGACAUGAAGUGACAGUUUCACACCCAUCAGAGACACACAGGGCUUCUGAUCAACAGGAGGAGAGAGCACACAGAGAGACCAGUGGACACCGACAGAGAUAGUGACAAUAAGAGAAAGAGGAAAGAGACCCCGUGUGAUUGAUUCAUCAAGGCAGUGGAGGCAGGAUGUGGGUCCUCAUCUCGGCAGCUCUACUUCUCUCUCUGACAGAGAGAGCCACAUGCAACGGACAGCAACAACCACCACCAACAACACCAUCACCCUGGACCAUCACCUUCAGUCCAGCAGAAAUAACAGCAGAGAAGGGACUAUGUGCUGUUAUUUCAUGUACUUUCACUCACCCUGAUAACAUCAAAACUACCCCUGCAAUAUGGUUCAAGUGCCCUACAAAUGGCAGAUGUGAUAAGGAUGAAAACAUAAUUUUCCACUCUGAAACUCCCCAUAAAGCUCAGGAGGAUUUUAAACAGAGAGUGUCUCUACUGGAGACUGAUCUGACAAAGAAGAACUGUAGUGUGAUCAUCAACGACAUCAGAGAGAAUGAUGCUGGAGAGUAUCAAUUCAGAACGUUAGGAGGAUCAUUUACAUACCCACAGAAAAUGAAAAUCACAGUGACAGCUCUGACCCAGAAGCCCUCAGUGUUGACUCCUCCUCUGACAGAGGGAGAACCAGCUACUCUGACCUGCACCGCCCCGGGGAUYUGCUCUGGAACUCCUCCUAACAUCACAUGGACAUGSAGAGGAACAGGAGACAACAUCACUGAGCUCAGAGACAACACCACCAUACAGAUUAGAGAGGACCUGACCMAUGUGACAACAACCCACUUCUCAACGUUGACCUUUACCCCCUCAGCUGAACACCACAACAUGAUGGUUGCGUGUCAAGUAACCUUCCAGAAAAAAUAUCAAAUUGAAGAGACAGUAACUUUGAAUGUGACAUAUGUGAAAGACCCUCAAAUAACUGGAAAUGAAAUGGUGAAGGAGGAUGGUACCCUGGAUCUGACCUGCAGUGUUAACAGUUACCCUCCAUCUGACAUCACUUGGAGUAAGAACGGGACAAGUGCCCCACUUCAGAAUUACAGGGAAAAUGCUGCUCUCACCAUCUCCAAUGUGACAAGAGAACAUGCUGGGGAGUAUGUGUGUACAGUUCACACCUUAACAGGACUUUGACAGCUUCCAUUGUUGUCACUGUGAUGUACCUUCCUGUGAUUCUUCCUGGC